CAGUCUGUUCCUCUCUCUCUGUCUGGUCCGUCUCUGUUGCCGUAGCGAUCUCCUCUCUCUCCCCCAGACCAGACCAGGCAGCAUAACCCCCUGGACUAACACACGGACGGAUAGACCUGGCCUUUAUCGCUGUAAUGAUGGAUCCACCGUGGAACAUCCAGAGACACUAUUAUCCCCACCAAGACCCAGCAACACAGUACCAUGGAAUAUCCAGAGAUACUACUAUCACCACCACGACACGGCAACAGAGACAAUGAGUUUCCAUUCCUGAGGUGAAUCCAUCCAGAGUUGCUGCAUUCCUGAGGUGAAUCCAUCCAGAGUUACUGCAGUCCUGAGAAAGGAAGAAAGUGUUUGUCUGGUCAUCCUGUCCCUCCCCCUGGCUACAGAAAGGGGUGUGUCUGGUCAUCCUGUCCCUCCCCCUGGCUACAGAAAGGGGUGUGUCUGGUCAUCCUGUCCCUCCCCCUGGCUACAGAAAGGGGUGUGUCUGGUCAUCCUGUCCCUCCCCCUGGCUACAGAAAGGGGGUGUGUCUAUAGAUCCAAUCCCUCCGCUGGCUGCAGCCUGCAGAAAGGGGUGUGUCUGGUCAUCCGGUCCCUCCCCCUGGCUGCAGAAAGGGGCGUGUCUGUUCAUCGGUCUACAGAAAGGGGUGAGUCUGUCCGUCCGGUCCCUCCCCCUGGCUGAAGGCUGUAGAAAGGGGUGUGUCUGGUCAUCCGGUCCCUCCCCCCUGGCUGCAGAAAGGGGCGUGUCUGGUCAUCGGUCUACAGAAAGGGGUGUGGACUGUCCUGAUGGAGGCGGGACAGCCAUCACCUGACAGCAGUAGUGAGGAGUGUACAGUACUGGAGGCUCUACCGGGCAAGGGACUGGCCUGUCCCAUACACACUGGCAAGGUGACGGAGCUGUACUGUUCAGGGUGUACGGUGUGUGUGUGUGAGGAGUGUGUGUCGGGGCAGCAUGCAGACCACCCCACGACACCGUUAUUAGAAGCUCUGGAGACACACAGAGACGGCCUGCAGGAGGGACUGGCUGCUGCACAGAACAGACUGCCUCAGAUCUCGGAGGCCCUGGUGUCGCUGAGAGAGAUUCUAAAGCAGCUGACCAAUCAGAGAGCUUUGAUUGAGGAGGACAUCCACGUCAGCUUUGAAGAGCUCCACAAGACCCUGGACGUCAGGAAGAGUGUUCUAUUGAUGGAGCUAGAGGUCACCUACGGACUGAAACAGAAGGUUCUGCAGGCCCAGCUGGACACCCCUGCUCCAGGGCCACGUGGGUAUCGCGACACCUGUACCCAGACAGAGGAGGCCCUGAGCGGGGAGGCCAGCGCUGCGAGCCGCAGGCUGGAGAGAAGCCUAGGGAGAG